AUGGGCGAAAAUCGUCAGGGGCCACAAACACUGAAGAGUAGGUCCGAAGCCAUGGGGAAGAAGUUCUACUGGGACUUGAAUGUUGCUGCUUAUGGUGGGAAAUUUGAUCAUCUACCAACCUGGGAGACUCAGGUAGAUUCUGAUGUCUAUAAAACGGCCGGGCACUACGUAUUGUCCGAUUCACAAAGAUCCUCAGCUGUUACGCCUCCUUCGACUCUCCCUCUCAUCCGUUACACCCACCAGUGGGAGGAGUUUUCACAUUCCCCCUUGCUUUUUUGCAGGUUCUACUGGGACUUGAUCAUGUUGCUGCUUAUGGUGGGAAAUUUGAUCAUCUUACCAGUAGGCAUCACCUUUUUCAAGGAUGAGAACACACCACCCUGGAUUGUCUUCAAUGUCCUCUCUGACACCUUCUUCCUGGCUGACUUGGUCCUGAAUUUCCGUACAGGUAUUGUGGUUGAAGACAACACUGAAAUCAUCUUGGAUCCACACACCAUCAAGAUGAAGUACCUUAAGAGCUGGUUCCUGGUUGACUUUGUUUCCUCCAUCCCUGUUGACUAUAUCUUCCUGAUUGUAGACCUGGAGACUCAGGUAGAUUCUGAUGUCUAUAAAACGGCACGGGCACUACGUAUUGUCCGAUUCACAAAGAUCCUCAGCCUGUUACGCCUCCUUCGACUCUCCCGUCUCAUCCGUUACAUCCACCAGUGGGAGGAGGUGGGUCAAGACUUACAAUAG